AUGCAGACGACUCGGGGAGGUCUUCCACCACGCGGUGGUCGCUGCCUCACCUCCGGAGGUGCCGGGUUAAGUCCGCAAGACUUGUGCAGACAGCUGGAAGAAGAGUGGCAAGGACUUCGGGUGUGCCUUAUCAAUGCCCAAGAAGCGAGCCCAUGUCGGUGGUGCCCUUUGUUUGGGCUCUCGACUCCGAUGUGCAUGAUCUGCCUGGCCGUCAAGGCAGAGCCGGUCCAGGUGGUCUCGACCCGUGCCGAGAACCGUCAUUGCAUCGAGCCGAUGAUUUCAGAGACGCAAGGCCCACCAGUAGCCGUUGGCGUGAAGCGCUUAAAAGUGCACCUGCGCGUUUCCGCUGCUGGAGUCUUAGCCGAUCUGCUCGCUCAAGCUCUGAGUCCCCCCGAGGACUGCGUGCUGCCAGCAGCGUCCGAGCGGAAGAAUGCCAGAGCGACCCAGCGGUUCCAAGGAGUGAGCCUUCAUGCGGGUGCCACUUCGCAGCCGGAUCCGGACCGACGCCAGAACUUCACCCACAGCGGGGCCCUCACGCAGACUCUCGGCAUCGCGCAAGAAGAGGUCAGCUUGCCGGUGCCGAACGGCACGGAACAGGUGGAGGUGGAGGUGGGGCCGCCCCAUCCCGCAGAUGGAGUGCGCGCGUCCAACCAUCGAGAAGAUGAGGGUGGCGCGGGCAGACGCCGGAAAGGUCUACUCGGUUGCCGCUGUCCUGGCAUUGGCGCUUUCUUCUGGAGAUCUAGGGGUCAGGACCCGGUUCUACGUUUUAUCGCCAAGAAAGCCGCAGAGCCCUUCGAGCCCGCCAAGGAGGAGCCGGAGUCCAAAGCCGAGGCUGCGCAGGCAGCCGUCUACAGCCUGCGGGACGAGGACGGCCUGCUGGCGUACUGCCGGGAUGCCAAGGUGCGGCUCGUCCGCGCCGACUUCCUCCGGGAGCUCCUGGCCGAGGGCCGCACCAUGCCCCGGCGCCAGGAAGCCGAGGGCAUGCGGACGAAGGACGGCCGCCCGGCCCUGCUGGCCCAGGAGGAGCUGGAGGCGAAGCUGCCGGGCGGCCAGGAGGGUUUAACCCACCGCUUCUCGGUCAUGGCACUCUCUCACUCGUGGGAAAGCCGCGAGAUCCCGGACGUGGCCAGGUUCCAGCUGCGAGUGCUUGUAGAAGCACUGGACACCUUCGCGAAGAUCCUGCAGAAGAUCGCCCCCGCCCAGAACCUCGCCAAGGACUGGGAGGCGGCCAUCUUUGUGGAUUACAUGUCGCUGUACCAAUUCCCAAGAACUGAAGAGCAGGACGUCUACUUCGCGAAGGGCAUGGCCCACAUGCACCUGUUGUACGCCCAUGACCAUACCUGGUCGCUAAGGAUCGAGGACCUGACGCCGGGCCUCCACGACCGGCCCGGGCCCGAGCUGUCCGGGACCGCUAAGGUCUUCUACCUCCCCAAGAACGCCGUGGCGGAGGUGGCGCUGGCCGAUCUGCGCGACACGGACGAGACAGGCAGCUGCGGGCCGGGAUGCCACUUGGGCUGCCGCCCGCCCUGUCGGCAGCUGCACCGGAACAGCACGCCGUACCGGGAGCGCGGCUGGUGCAUGGCGGAGAUCCAGUGGUCACUGGCGCGGAAAGCCUCCUGGAAGAGCAUCAGGAUCCCCUUCCGCGAAGGCCGGAACUGCGAGGCGCCCAUGGCGCCCUCGGAGUUCCGCGCCCAAGCGGAGAGGGGGACCCUGAAGUUCACGCACCGGUCGGACCUGGAGCCGGUGCUGCAACUCCAGGCCAAGGUCUUUCGGGAGAAGGCGGCCGAGGCCACGGCACUGAAUCUGGGGCAUCUGCCCGAAGCCCAGGUGCAGGUGCUGGCCCGGGCGCUGCCGCACUACGAGCGGGUGGAGGUGGUGGAAGUGGCCAGGAGCGAGCUGACCGGCGAGGCCUUCCAGGCCCUGGUGCGCGCGCUGCCCUGGAGCCGCCUGCGGCAGCUGAACCUGACAAACUCCGGCUUCGGAGACGCAGAGGCCGAGGCCCUUGGAGCUGGUCUGGGUGGCCACUCCUCGCUGCGGGUGCUGUGGCUCCACGGCAAUCGCAUCGGCGACAGCGGCCUCCAGGCCUUGGGAGGGGGAAAAGGUUCGGAGCUGAAGAUAUGUUUAGACGUCCGGCGACGUGAUGGCAAGUUUCAGGGCCGAAGGUGCACUUCUGCCUGUGCGCAGGCCAUCGCCGAGGGCCUCGCAGACCACAAGGGCCUACGAGACCUAAGCCUGGACAACAACGGCUUUGGUGAUGCGGGGACGGAGGCCUGGAGUUGA